AUGUCGACAGAAAAACUCAAACAGCACAAAAUCAUCUUUGUGGUGGGUGGCCCCGGCUCAGGGAAGGGGACCCAGUGUGAGAAGAUUGUGCAGAAAUAUGGCUACACCCACCUCUCCACGGGGGACCUGCUGCGGGCCGAGGUCAGCUCGGGCUCGGAGCGGGGCAAGAAGCUGCAGGCCAUCAUGGAGAAGGGCGAGCUGGUGCCCCUGGACACGGUGCUGGACAUGCUGAGGGACGCCAUGGUGGCCAAAGCAGACGUGUCCAAGGGCUUCCUCAUCGAUGGCUACCCCCGUGAGGUGAAGCAGGGAGAGGAGUUUGAGAAGAAGGAGAAGGCUGGUAUCGCCCCCCCGACGCUGCUGCUCUCCGGGAAGGAGACGAUGGUGAAGCGGCUGCUGAAGAGAGGCGAGACCAGCGGGCGGGUGGACGACAACGAGGAGACCAUCAAGAAGCGCCUGGAGACCUACUACAAGGCCACUGAGCCUGUCAUUGCCUUCUACAAGAGCAGAGGAAUCGUCCGCCAGCUCAACGCCGAGGGCUCCGUGGAGGAGGUUUUCCAGCAGGUCUGCUCCCACCUCGACAGCCUCUAG